AUGCCAGCAAACGGAGGUAGUGUAGUUCAUGCGCAGUAUCCAUCAUGGAGCAGGACCGCUGAUGGAACAAGAAAUGGCUUUCGUGCGGCAUCUCAUCUGCUCUCUUCUACGUAUCGAAAUUCAAACUCGUCUUUUGUUACGAAGCGGCCGGAAGAAAAAUUCAGUGACAAGCCGCAGUCAUCCACACGUUCUGUGCCAUGUGAACACAGUUUAGAAUCGCGCCCUUCUCCACGUCGGCCACCAGGCACAUUCGAGUACGGUUAUACGUAUGGAAGUAGCAGCUACAGACACGAUCAAGCGACAUUUCUCGGCACUCCACGACUGCACACUCGCUACCAACCUGACUAUCCUACCUACAGGUAGGG